AGCAUCUCGUAUUUCCACCCGUCUCUCCGUUGCCGUGUUCGGUUUAGUGAGUGAAAAUUCUGAAUAACAUCCAUUCAUUUAUCGUUGUGGGGCGCGGACGGUGGCAUUGAAUUUGUUUCGCCGCGUGUCACAAACUAAACAAAGGCAAUUCUUCGGUUUUGAAUCGUUAAAAUUUAUUGAAAAAUGGAGGCCGAAAGCCCCCCAAAAGUUCAAAAACCGUUUAAAUUAUGUAACCAUAACCGAGAAAUUCGUAAAGGAGUUGUCGCAUCGUCGUUAGAAGACUUAACCUCAAAAGUACAGGAAAAGUUGGACGUUGCGGUUGAUAAUAGUUUUACGGUAGUUCUGGAAGCAGACGGCACUGAAAUAGACGAUGAAGAAUAUUUCGCCACUCUGGAUCCAAAUACUAGCCUAAUGAUUUUGAAUGGAAAUCAAAAGUGGCUGCCUGCUUACCCCACAUGCAAUUUAAGCAAAGACCAAGUUGACGCUGCGAAAGGUGACGAAUUAGCCGGCUUAGUAGGUCGUUUAAAAACGAAUCUUUGUCAUUUAUCAUUACUCGGCGGUCCGGAAUUGGAAUUACUUAGUGAUAUGGAUCCAGAUUCGUUGGCAGAUUUAACGUAUCCCGACAAAAUUUUCCUGGAUCAACUGAAAGAAGCAUCUGGCCGAUUUUUAUGCGAAAAACGCCAAGCGCAAGAUGCCAUGGAUUUAUUAAGACUGUAUCAGGAAAAAGAGGCAGCGGAGUCUGAAGCUAACUGAGUGAUCCUGAAUGUCUUAUUAAUGCACUUGAUGUUUUACCGAUAUGUAAAUCCCCUUUUGUAAUGUUGUUUAUAGGCAGCGGAUGAACUAACCAUAAGACUGAAGAUUUGCCCAUACUUUUUCGAGAUCGUGGCAUCAAAACAAACAAUUGCUCAAUCACCCAUCUACACUUUGCAAUCUAUGUUUAACAACUAGAAAUAUUUGGACACGAUUGUUUUGCAUCAUUGUACACCAUAUAUAAUGGAAUUGUAAAGGGUAUUUAUAACCAAGUAUUUAUGAAGUAGUAUGGAAAUAAGAAUCAUUGAAUUAAGUGUGUUUUAAAGUGUCGUUAGUAUUAAAAGUUUUACAAUUUUUUCUAUAAUAUGUUAAAGUCCUUUCACCUUAAUUGGCUUCUAGUGAAUAAAUGAUCUGGAUGUAAAAA